AUGUUGUUUCCAUACAACCUCCCUCCUUGGAUGGUAAUGAAGCAGUCUUCGAUGAUACUCUCCAUGAUCAUUCCGGGAAAGCAAAUGCCUGGGAAUGAUAUCGAUGUUUAUUUGCAGCCUUUGAUCAAAGAACUGAAAGAGUUGUGGGAUGAUGGUGUGCCAACGUUUGAUGCUUCAACAAAGGAGAUGUUCUGUAUGCGUGCUGCUUUGAUGUGGACUUUGAGUGAUUUCCCAGGACUAGGGAAUUUAUCAGGUUGGAAUAUACACACGGGUCUAGCAUGUCCUUCUUGUAACUACGAUGCAGCUGAAUUUCGAUUACAACAUGGAAAAAAGAACUGCUUCAUGGGUCAUCGGCGCUUUCUUCCUGAAGAUCACAUAUAUCGGUUUGAUAGAGAACACUUUGAUGGAAAAGAAGAGUUCAGAAAUCCUCCAGUUACACCAACAGGCUCAGUGAUCCUGCAACAACAAGAAAGCGUUGAGACGACAAAGACAGGUCCAAGGACAAUCUUAAUGCAAGAAGAGAUCUUCAGGAGAUGGGUAUACGCUCUGAAGUUAUGGCCAGAUGUCAAUGAGAGGUAUCUUCCUGCAUCUUUCAAGCUAACAGUUAGUGAGAAAGAUACUUUCCUCAGUGAAUUAAAAGGUGCAAGGCUCCCAGAUGGCUUUUCUUCAAACUUCUCAAGAUGCAUUGAUCUGAGGCAACGUAGAAUUCAUGGACUGAAAAGCCAUGACUGCCACGUGAUCGCGGGAUCAGGUCUUCCCCUUUCCUAUCCCUGA